CUGUUGCCAAGGGUCAGCUUCCCAGGAACAUGCCCUGGAUCGGUCCUCCGGGCUCACUCCUAGCCAGCUGAUCAGGAAGGCCCCCAGUGGACUGAAACAUGAUCUCCAUCACCAACUGGCAAAUCACCUGUGGCAGGUCAGCACUGAGGGCCGAGGAAGGAGGAGAAGGCACAGAGGGAUCCAGAAGCCAUCCAGGGCCUGGAGCUCAGGGUCUUGAGCCUCCAGCCUUCUCUCUCCUCACUGGAGAUUGGUGUGGGCGUCACCGGCUUCGGUGUCUUCUUCAUCCUCUUCGGGAUACUCCUGUACUUUGACUCCGUACUCCUGGCUUUCGGAAAUCUGCUGUUCCUGACUGGCCUCUCCCUCAUCAUCGGCCUGAGGAGGACGUUUUCCUUCUUCUUCCAACGACACAAGCUCAAGGGGACCACCUUCUUCCUGGGGGGUGUAGCCAUCGUGUUGCUGCGCUGGCCCCUGCUGGGCAUGCUCCUGGAGGCCUAUGGAUUUGUUAACCUCUUCAAGAGCUUUUUCCCUGUGGCCUUUGGAUUCCUGGGCAGUGCUUCCAACAUCUCCUUCCUGAGCACUCCUCUGAACAUCGUGCACCUGCCUCUUCCUGCCAGAAUGACGGCGCUGGCUUCUUGGCAGCUACUGCUUCUCCUCUGCAUCACUACCUUUGGGGAGCCACUGGCAAAGGUGGCACCUCUGGCAAACCCUGGGCCCACAGGCCAGCAGUCCGGAUCCCAGGAACUCAUCGAUGCCUGGGAAAAGGGCCCGCGGUGCGCAGAAAGGAAAUCUGGGGUUACAGGGCUGCGAGCCCGUAGGACCUCGCCAUGCCCACCGGUUGAGAGCUCCGCGGGGCGUCAGCGACCCGCGUGCACCGCUCGCAGUCGCCUGAUUCCGACACCCCGCGGAGCGGUGCUGGUGCAGCGCGAGAAGGACCUGUCAGCCUACAACUGGAACUCCUUCGGCCUGCGCUACGGCAGGAGGCAGGCGGCGCGGGCGGCGCGGGCGGCAGCGCGGGGCUGAGCGCAGGGAGGCGGGUGGAUUGCGAGCCCAGUCUGCCAGCAUGUAGGGCUGGGGCAGGAGGCUUCUGGACUGGGGCAAUAAAGCGAUACUGCUGUC